UCGCCCCAUCGCAGCGCGUUUGGGGUCGUUUAUCUGCUAGCUGCAGCACUCGAUUUGGAAGACGACUCGGCCAAACAUCGGCUCAUUCAUAUCUCUAUCAACAUGACGGUAGCACACGACUUGACCCGUCGGGGGUCCACCCAGGUCGUCAAUGGGCUGGCGCUCGAGGAUAGGUUCGAGGUGUUGAAGGAGAUCGGCGACGGUAGCUUUGGCAGCGUGGUUCUCGCCCGGGUGCGGAGUGCCGGCGCCAAUGUUGCUCGCCGUGGCACGGUGAUCGCCAUCAAGACGAUGAAGAAGACAUUCGACUCGUUCGCAGCGUGCCUGGAACUGAGGGAAGUCGUCUUCCUGAGGACAUUGCCGCCCCAUCCCCACCUGGUUCCGGCGCUUGAUAUCUUCCUCGAUCCUUUCAGCAAGAAGCUUCACAUUUGCAUGGAAUACAUGGAAGGGAACCUUUACCAGCUAAUGAAGUCGAGGGACCACAAAUGCCUCGACAACGGCAGCGUCAAGAGCAUCCUUUUCCAAAUCAUGCAAGGCUUGGAGCACAUCCAUGCUCACAACUUCUUCCACCGAGACAUCAAGCCCGAGAAUAUCCUCGUGUCUACGUCAGCUCAUUCCGACUACACAAACUCGUUCAAGCGCUAUUCCGCCCUGGUAACGCCUCCUUCCACUCCGCCGACGUACACUGUUAAGAUUGCCGACUUUGGCUUGGCGCGGGAGACUCAUUCCAAGCUUCCCUACACCACUUACGUCUCUACAAGAUGGUACCGCGCCCCCGAGGUACUUUUGAGGGCCGGUGAGUACUCUGCCCCGGUCGAUAUCUGGGCUGUCGGUGCCAUGGCUGUCGAGGUGGCCACGCUCAAGCCUCUCUUCCCCGGUGGAAACGAGGUUGAUCAGGUGUGGAGGGUCUGCGAGAUUAUGGGAAGCCCUGCCGUCUGGACCAACAAGGCUGGACAACCAGUCGGUGGUGGAGAAUGGAGGGAAGGGACUCGCCUCGCCGGCAAGCUCGGGUUCUCCUUUCCCAAGAUGGCGCCUCACUCGAUGGAGACGUUUCUUCCGAGUCCCCAAUGGCCUCCCUCGCUCGCUCGCUUUGUCACUUGGUGUCUCAUGUGGGAUCCCAAGAACCGGCCGACUUCUAGCCAAGCGAUCGCCCAUGAGUACUUCGCCGACGCUGUGGACCCACUGCGUCCCAAGUCGUCGGCUUCUAAGAUCCUCGGGCGAAAGCAAUCCGACGUCAGCGUCAGCAAGGGGAAGGAUUCCGUUACCUCGGCGCCGAGUACAUCGAAGCCUUCGUGGUUUAGGAAAUCCUUGAUUGGGCGUGCAGAGAGCGUUGAGGCCAUCUCUGUGGCUCCCCAGCCCCCCGCCAAGGAUGCCGCUGCUUCCCACCCUUCGCCUAUUGACCCGUCGGAGUCGCCGGCUCAGAAACCAAGGCCGGCCGCCCAGAAGAGAGCGACGUGGACUAUUGGGCCGUCUAGCGUCGCGCCAAUGCCUAUCCUCCCGACAAUCCGGCCGAUCUCUCCUUUGUCCGACGCUGUUACUGCUCAGGCCAACAACAGAGCCCCGGUCGACGAGAAAGGCUCCAAGAAGAUUGGUCGUCAGUUGUCGGUGCAAUCGACAAGCAACCACUAUACCGAGCUUCACAGGCAACAGGCCGAACGGGCACUUAAUGGCAAUUCGGGUCUUGCCUCGCCAACCAGCAGCGGUUACAAGGAGAGCUUCUUCUCCCAUCUACGCAAGCGGGCGAGGAGGUUCUCGGGAAGGCAUCAGACGCCAAUCUCGCCGAGCUGUGAAGACCUCGAAGCCCAGGCCGGCUGCGGGCCGUGGGGAAGUAACAGGUCGUCCAUGGUUAUCGACAGCCCGCCUCCUGCUCCCGUCCCCAAGGACACCUAUGAUUCUCUGGACCAGAAGCUGCAAGCCUCCGAGGUCCCUCCUGCUCCGCCAGCUCACCAAGUGUCCCAGAGCGGCCAGCUCAAGCGCCAUCACUCACUGCCCCACCAUGAGCCUAGGUUUGUCGACAACUUAGCCUCUGCAAUUCGGGGGCCGGUUGGUCCGGUGUCGAGCAGGACACGACGGGCACAAGCUGUUCCGGGCGUCAACCAGUAUGAUGCGCCGGAUGAGGAGGACGAGCUUCUUGAUGAGGUCCUGACCUCCACCCGCCGGGUCAUGAAACGACUCGAGAAGGAGGACCAGUCCCAGCAGCAGGCCACGACCAACAUGGGGCUUGCUAACCCGUACCCCACGCCCUCGCCUUCUGCAAGCGGCAACGUGAUGCUUUUUGGUGACGGAAAGGAGGCCAUCACCCCCAAACCUUUAAACUUCAACAAGCAGACGGCCGAGUAUAAGUGGCCAACGCCCCCAUACGACGAGGGCGACUGGGCGGCUUCGGCGUCCGCCUCUAUCUGGGCGGCAGGGAACCGCUUCUAAAACACGGUACGGCGGCGGUCUUCAACUGUGAUUCCCCAUCUCCUUUUUUUUUCCACGCAAUUAUACAUACAAAAAAGUCUUAUUCCAGGCCUGUGUUUCAUGGGACGGUGUUGGGGCUUGUCGUCUUCGUUUUUUUUUUUUUUGGGUGGCAUCAUCAUACACUAUCGGUUGCAUCGCA